GUCUGUCUGUACAGCUGCUAAAUGCAGAAGCAUAUGGGCGUUUUAAACGCGAUUAUCUCCAUGUUAUGUAGAUCAAGUAUAUGAAAAUAAACCAUAUGAAUGUAGGGUAAAAAACGAAUGGCAUUCCUAUGGGUGAGAGCUGAUGCAGAUUGGAGCGCAAAACAAUCUCUGAGGAAUGCGAAUGUUUUCUGAGGGAAAGAAAAACAUUCUUAAGGAAACGCAAAAUUGAAGUAUUCGCACAUAGUGACAUCACUUCGCAAAGAUGAAUGAGGAUAUUCUCACCACUCUGAAAAUAUUAAUUAUUGGAGAAAGUGGAGUGGGCAAAUCCAGUCUUCUUUUGAGAUUUACGGAUGAUACAUUUGAUCCAGAUAUUGGUGCCACCAUAGGUGUAGAUUUUAAAGUGAAGACCCUUGCUGUGGAUGGAAACAAAGCAAAGCUAGCAAUCUGGGACACAGCAGGUCAGGAACGCUUUCGAACUUUGACACCCAGUUACUACAGAGGAGCUCAGGGUGUUAUACUGGUAUAUGAUGUCACUAGGCAAGAGACCUUUGCCAAGUUGGACAAUUGGUUGACUGAACUAGAUACAUACUGUACAAGAAAUGACCUUGUCAAGAUGCUGGUGGGAAACAAAAUAGAUCAGGAGGACCGUGAGGUUGAGCGAGACGUGGGCCUGAAGUUUGCUAGGAAACAUUCCAUGCUGUUCAUAGAGGCCAGCGCUAAGACGAGGGACGGCGUUCAGUGUACAUUCGAGGAGCUGGUGGAGAAGAUCCUACAAACUCCAGGUUUAUGGGAAAGUGUACACAAAACCAGAGGAGUCCAAUUGUCUGAACUCUCUGAAACAUCUGUCGGAGGCUGUGGAGCGUACUGCUCACUUCUUUAACACAAAGACCAGCAUUUAAAAAGUCCGGGUAGAGUAGUUAAGAAACACAGAGGGAACGUGAACUUUUUGUUUUUCUUUAUGUACCUGUGCACAAGUUGCCAUAAAGGAAAAGUUAUAUUACAUGUUUUCUGGACAGUGAUGAUCGCUUAAAUCAUUAAAAAAAUUUAUGGAGACCUCUGGAACAUCAGACAAACCUUCUCCAAUUCAAAACGUAUCGAAAACAUGCAUAUUAUUUAGAAAAAAAUGACACCUCAGAUAGGUUUGCUCACCAGUUUGUGUACUUCUUGUAGCGUUUUACUUUUUGUCCUAGUGCCUGUGUUUCAUAUUAAGGGAGAGGUAAACAGUCAUCAGCCCAACUCAACCUUUCAAACUCCUGGAAUGAGACCGCGGUACAACACAGAUUUCCAUCAACAUGCCCUCGCUUGAUGUCUGCAGUGUGUGUUCUUUCACUAUCAGCCCAUCUCUGGAUUCCACUUAUUCUUCCUGUCAGUCACUUACGUUAAUUCACUUUCCUCUCCCGCUACAUGAGUCUGCGUUCAAUUCGCUUGUAUCUCUGUGUUUUCACCCUGUGCUCCACAUCAGCCUUCUCUCCCUUUGCAGAAUAAUAGAGUUACCAAGAUUUUGGAUUGUCGUUUUACUGCUUUUAUUGACUUGGACCGCCCACUUGAAAACAUACUUUAGGUUUAUAAAUCAAGCUGAUUGGCACAAUGAGUCUCUAUUGUACAUAAAAGAGGGUCAAUAUAACAGAAUAGAUAAAAAUAGGGGUUAUUUCUUUAUAGUUACUUUAACUCGGAUGAAAAUAUUUUGCCUGUAGCCUUAUUGACAGCCUAAUGCUCACUGUACCAUCAGUUUGACUGGGUGUGACAAAGACAGGUUGUUUUCACAUAGAUAGAAAUAGAAGAAAAAGACAAAUUUAGACAAAUCGAACUAAAAGUGAAGCAAAAUAAAUCAGUUCCUUGAGUUCCAGUCUUGAAUGUUGAAUCUGGAAUAUUAAGUGGUUUAAAGUGAUUGUUCACUAAAAAGGAAAAUGCUGUCAUCAUCUACUCACCCUCUUGUCAUAUCAAAACUUUAUGACUUUCUUUGUUCCGCAGAACAUGAAUGAAGAUAUUUUGCUCUUUCACUUCUGUUGUACGGACACAAAACCAAUGCGAGUGAAUGGGGGCCAGUUAACAACAUUCUUCAAAAUAUCUUCUUCUGUGUUCAUACAGAAGAAGAGAAAGAAGAUCAUACAGGUUUGAAAUGACAAGAGGGGGAGUAAAUGAUGAGAGAAUUUACAUUUUUGGGUGAACUAUCACUUUAAUGUUUACUUUAGAUAUCCAUGGGGUGCCAGUUAAUUGAAGGGAUAGUUCACCCAAAAAUUUAAAUUCUUUCAUCAUUUAUUCACCUACAUGUCAUUUCAAAACUGUAUGCACUUCUGCAGAACACAAAAGAAGAUAUUUUGAAGAAUGUUAGUAACCAAACAUCAAUGGAAUUUAAUGUGUGUUAGAACAAAACGCAAAACCACAGAGACGUUUCUCAAAGUAUCUUCUUUUCUGUUUUACAGACGAAAGAAUAAAUGAUGACAGAAUUUUUAUUUUCAGGUGAAGAUCUUUUUAAGCCUUAUAUUGACUGCUUAAAAUUGGGUGGCAAAAUCAAUUUGAGUGGUAAUCUUUCUGAAAUUGUGUGGUACUACAUAAGCAAGACACACAGAGUUUACACAUUCCUUUUUAUCUGUGAAUACAUCAGUUUAGAAAAUCAAAUAUUUACUUUAUUAUCUGUUAGAUGCAGUUUUGUUAUCUGUUAAAAUCUCUAAGAAUCUUGUGCUUCAGCAGUGUUUAGAGCAGUCAGAUUUUUGGACCAUUCACCGCAUAGCAGGAUCAUUCCAUACGAUGAUCUGAUGACUUGUGUUGUUAUAUGGGAGUUAUUUGGGGUUGUUUUUUAAUAUUCUUUAAUCAAAUUUAUUUACUUACUUUUACAUACUAUUCAUCACAUCAGUUGUGCUGAAUAUGACUAUAAUUCACCAGAAUGUGUUAAAACAAUAUUGCAUGCUUUUAUUGCACAUUAAUGUUUGUAUGUUAAUAUAUUGUAAUAUGGAUGUUUAUGCUCCACUAAAUCUGUUGUAAUGUUCCUCUUAAAAUGACAAUAUUUUG